AUGGAUGCCCCAGUCAAGCUUGCCAAAGUCAGCCGCGUCUUGGGACGAACCGGAAACACCGGUAAUGUGACCCAAGUCCGAGUUGAAUUCAUGGAUGCCGAAAGUGGCGGUAGCACAGGACGUUCCAUUGUCCGAAAUGUCAAGGGACCCGUCAGAGAGGGAGAUAUUCUGUGUCUUCUUGAAUGGGAACGUGAAGCUCGCCGUCUCAGGUAG